UAACAGCAGUAAUAAUUGCAUCCGACGGCUGAGCGUCAAUUACCGUUUUACAAAGUGCUUUCACCCACAGUAAUCACCACUCUGUUUACAAAAUUUUCACCAGCCCCCGAGGGAGGUGUCAUUAUCUUCAUUUUACACGGGGGAAAUGAAGGCCCAGAGGGGCUGAAGCAUUCGUCCGCGGAAGCGGGCCUCCAGGUUCCAAAUGGGACUCCAGAGAAGCUCUCAUCGCUUCCACACACGCCCGAGGCGCGCGGAAGUCGGAGUGGGGCAUCCGGAGACGAAGGAGGGACCCGGGAGAAAGGCUGUAGAGACCCGCAGGUUAGCGGCGGGGGUGGGUCCCGCUCUGGCGUGGCCCCGCCCCCAGGCGCACCCGGGAUUCAUUCCGAGAGCUGAUUGGACCAGCCCAGAGCAUGUUCCAGAUCCCAGAGUUUGAGCCGAGUGAGCAGGAAGACUCCAGCUCCGCAGAGAGGGGCCUGGGCCCCAGCCCCACAGGGGACCGGCCAGGCCCCUGCAAGUAUCAACCACCAGGCUGCCGCUUGGUUCCAGGCCUCCCCGGGGACACCAGUCACCAGCAGGGGCAGGCAACCAGCAGCAGCCACCAUGGAGACGCUGGGGCUUCAGAGACCCGGAGUCGCCACAGCUCGUACCCGGCAGAGACCGACUUGGAUGAAGGGGUGGAGGAGGAGCCCAGUCCCUUCCGCGGCCGCUCGCGCUCCGCGCCCCCCAAUCUCUGGGCCGCACAGCGCUAUGGCCGCGAGCUCCGGAGGAUGAGCGACGAGUUCGAGGGCUCCUUCAAGGGACUUCCUCGCCCGAGGAGCGCGGGCACUGCGUCGCAGCUGCGGCAGAGCUCCAGCUGGACGCGCAUCAUCCAGUCCUGGUGGGAUCGGAACUUGGGGAGAGGAGGCUCCGCCCCCUCCCAGUGAUCUUCCGCCCCACAUUCCGGAAACUCCACCUAUUCCUGUCGCCGUCGGCGACCAUCUCGGGUGUGGGCGGAAGUCUCCGCAGGCCUGUGCAGAGGAUCGCUCUGUCCCUGGGGCUGGGAGGCGGUGCGCCUGCGGGCCUCAGGGGGAAGGUUCAUCGGAAGUUUUGAAGUUUUCCCGCCCACAGCCGCCGGAAGCCGCCCCGCCCGCCGGCGUUGGGCAGCCCCUGGCCGAGGUGAGAGCCCGGCUUUAACCUUUACUUCGCCAGGGCCUUUUUCUCCGCGCGAAACUGUGGGCCCACGCUCGCGGCACACGUGCUAAUAAAGCCCACGCCUGUGC